AGCAAACGCUGAUCUGCGUCAGUUCGUAUUCCAAUGCAUCAGAAAUUUAGUAUUCAGAAACAUGAUGAUCAUCAGCCUCACAUUAUGUGCGCUGAUAUUUGUUCAGCCGACGACUGUCAUGAUUUCGUUUGCCCAAGAAAAUGGCCAAUCUGCCGGAUUAACACAAAAGUCGCCCAAUAUAGAGAUUUGGACGCUUGCGGGAUUCACGAAGGAGACAUCACAUCUUAGAGAUGGAAGCCAAGAGAUAACUACGGAAAAACCGACCAGUGGGAUGCACGGAGACGUCACACAACAGUCGCCAACUACUGAGGGUGUAAUGCACACGGGCGUAACACCACAGUUGCCAAAUAUUGAGGAUGAAAUACAGGUGGAAGUCACUGCAGCGUCAACCAGUCAAGACAAUUUAUUACAGGGAAGGUCAAACAACAGCAAUGAAACCUCUAAUUCCUCAGACGUGACUCUCACGCCGUAUAAAUGGACCUGUGCAAUAUCUAAGGGACUUCAUGUCACCUUUAAGGUCCACUGCAACUGUGACGGCCAAUGCCAUCUGUAUAAUGACUGUUGUUAUGGGAUGACUGAAAAUACGACGUUGUGCUCUGCCUCGGCCAGAAUAACCAGUGUGCACAGUACCUCACUUCCUUUAACGCUUCCUGCACCCAACUUUACAGAAACUCAAAGUAACAGUACCACAUCGACUGCAUCACCUAACGAUCCAUCCCACUGGAUAAGGGAGAAAAAGCAAGUCGAUUCUUUGACCAUUUCCCUGGCACUUAAAAGCUCCUGUAGAGCCAUUCCAAAAAUAUCUCAGGCGCACCAAACAAUGUUACCAUACAUGGAUAGGUUUGGAUUGCGGUAUUGGAUGGUGAACCAGUGUCCGUCGUCUUGGCUGGAAGAGGAAAGUCUAAUCAAGUGCAGUGAUAUUACAAAUACUAGCCUCGCAGAGGACGUGCUGUUGUACCAGCCAGUCACCGACCCAGAUACAAUGCUCACUUUCAAGAACAAGUACUGUGCAGCAUGUAACGGUGUCAAGAACGGCGGGGAACCGUGGGAACUUGUUGUCUAUUGCUCUAGGGCACUAGUUGACUACUUAGAAGGCUGCAGCAGCUCUGCUUGCGUUUUAAGAAAAUUGAAGGAUUUCGGAUGUAAUAGUAUUUUCGAGCCGAAACCGGACUGGAAUUUAAGAACAUGUUUCCGGGAAGUUGAGGACAAAGACUUUGGUCCUUGUGUGAACAAUCUGAACAAUGGAAGCGUGCAGGCUGUACCUCGGCCACGCCCCCUGCACUCAGCCUUAAGAGAUGCCUGCAUGGCGUACAACAACCCCUUUGUCAUUAAGGGUGCUGAUAACAGUUACAAGAACUACCACUGCAUGGUGUGUUAUCGAGGUGAUUAUAGGCCCUGCGAUCAGCAUUUCACACGGCCACCUGCCAGAGAACUGAGUCUUUCUUUCCGCGCCCUAUUGUACCUGGGAGACCAAGACAGAAAACAGAAUGAUGACCCUGUAGAUCAGCAGCUAGUGUGCCCCCCUGGAUUUGCUCCUGAUGCCCAGGACUGCCGCCCCCUUAUGUACAAUUUCACAGUGGUGCGGUCGCCCGUUCCCUUACAUUUUGAACCGUGUGGCUGGGCUCCAACACCAAGAGAUGGCUGUAGAGAUAUCAAACGUGAUGGUCGAUUGGUAGCUGUACUGAGAGCGGUGCCGGCACUUUUUUAUACUUGUAGCCAGAAUUACGGCGCGGAUAACACGUCUAUCACCUUUGUCGUGAAAGCAUUGGUCACUCUUCGCGUGAAACUGGCCCAUUUAGAGGAAGGUCGUAACAUCUUCGACCAAGUGCAAGCAUGGAUGGAAAAUGCUCUGAAGAACAUGCAGUUGAAGAUAUCCGGAGGGCCAUUGGGUAUACGUUCAGGAUCGUUCUCUGCCUGCAUGAAGAACGUCACAAACCACGACUCCGUGCCGCCAUUUUAUGGAGCGACCACGCUGUCAACCCCGAAGCAGAACCGAGGAAACAGUCCUGUCGGUAACGUUACACUUUUGAUGUUAAUGGCGCUGGUGGUAGCGGUGAGGUAUUUUUAGCUAUGGGCAAGAGCGAAAGAUAUAGGAUUUGGCACUACUGCCGAUUGGGAUAAUCAAUCAAUACAUGGAUAUGUUAUGUUUAUUAUUGUUGUUAAGUAAUUUUACGUUUCAAUUAUUGUUGAGUUUUAAAAGCAGUCACAGUUUACUAUCUAUCAAAAUUUAUCUCAUAAACUCCGCCAAAAAGACUUUAUAUUUCCCUUGCUAUAUAACAGAAUAACUCAAAAAUUAUGGGCACAUUUUGAUAAUCUUUUCAGGAUAAGUAAGAAUGGACCAAAGUAGAAGCGUUUAGAUUUUGGUGGCGAUUCUUUAUUUGAUAAUAAUUAAUAAUUGGGCUGUCUUGGUGAAGCGCACUCUCUUAGUCUUUUCUAGUAUGGGUUAUCAAGAUGCUCUAUUCUGUAUUCAGUUUGGAUAAUUAAUCCCUGCACGCAGCAGACUGUUCUCAGACUGUUCUCUGAGUGUUCUCUGUUACAAGUAGAGGCCAACAGAGUGGUUACCAUGUAAUAGCCCCUACAUGAAGUUU